AUGGAAGAUAAAGUCGAUCAACGAUUUUCUAGUAAAGAGACACAGUCAAAUCAUUUGUCUUCUUCCCAGGGAGAUACUACAAAUGUAUUCAAGACUGCAUUGCACAAGUUUUCACACAAGAAAAAGAAGGAACGAGCAGGUGGUUCUGGUCUCACGAAUGCUGCGACGUCGAGCUUUUUCUCAAGGGGACAGAACAAAGCACAAGCUGUACCAGGAUCAAUUAAGCAGGUGAAUACGGGACAAUUGCCUCCUGUGUGGGCGACACCGUCGCCAGCCCCACUGAGGAAUUUGUCUUCUCCCGUGACUGCGUUGGUAUCUCCACGGUUACGUAGCGUAUUGUCCGCAGACAGUCAGAAUGCUAACUUGACUUCCAAGCCACUAGAUGGACAAACUCGAAGCCGUCAGUCGCUGCACGAGCAUGAGUUGAAACAGGAGAUGCGCGAUACGUCUCUAAGUCAGGAAAACGGUAAACCUCACCGCCUCCAUGACAACCAUAGUGGAGACAGAAAGGGAAGCCCGCUUGUAGCACACGCUGCGUUGACGUCGGCUUCGUCAUCGCGCAAUGCUUCAGGCAAUCUUCGCUACGCCCAGUUUGAACGACUACUAGAAAAGGAAAUGAUUGAUUUGGACCAGCUUCGCAAGCUCAGCUGGGGCGGUAUACCUACAAAGCAUCGACCUACAGUCUGGCGACUGCUGUUGGGUUAUAUGCCGUCGAAGAAAGAUCGGCGUAGCACCAUGUUGGAGCGAAAGCGACAGGAAUACGCUGAACUACUGCAACAGUACUAUUAUAUCCCGGAUACUGAUCGGGGUGCACGAGAGCAAACGACGCUGCGACAGAUUCUCGUCGACAUUCCGCGCACGAACGCUGAUGUAAAGCUCUUCCAGAAUGAGCGUAUUCACCAGUGUAUGGAACGUGUUCUAUAUAUUUGGGCAAUUCGGCAUCCCGCGAGUGGAUACGUGCAAGGCAUCAAUGACCUCAUGACGCCGUUCUUGGUCGUUCUCAUUUCGGCUUUUGUCGACGAGCCUCAGACGUGCGACUUGUCCAACGUGUCGGACGAGAAUUUGCGAAUUCUUGAGGCAGAUAGCUACUGGUGUCUAACGAAGCUGCUGGACGAUAUCCAGGACCAUUACACAUUUGCCCAGCCUGGACUUCAGCGCAUGGUACAGCGCAUGGAAGACUUGGUCCAUCGUUGUGAUGCAAAGCUAUUUGAGCAUAUUGUCGAGCAUGAAAACGUACAGUUUGUGCAGUUUGCAUUCCGUUGGAUGAACUGUUUGCUAAUGCGCGAGCUACCGCUGGACGGCAUCGUGCGCAUUUGGGACACAUACUUGUGCGAAGAUUCUGGCUUUGAAAGCUUUCAUGUGUACGUGUGUGCUGCGAUUUUAAUGACAUUUGGCGAGACGCUCAAGACGCUGGAGUUUCAGGAUCUAGUGCUUUUUUUGCAAAGUUUGCCGACGAAAGACUGGGUUGAAAAUGAGAUUGAGCCAUUGCUCUCGCGCGCAUUUAUCCUACAGACCUACUUUGCUGAUGCCCCUAGCCAUCUCGGAUCUCAAACCGGUCAAUAG